AGCAACAAUUCAGCACGCAUGCUCAUUUGCAGCUUUCGAUUGUUAGUUGGGGAACUUCUGGAAAAGCUCUUAACAGAAUUCCAGAGGAAAUCUUCGAUUAUCUAGUUUAAAUCGCUAUGCUGAAUGAUAACAUAACAUACUUUCAUAAGAAGGCGCAUUUUACCUCUGCUUCUCAUUUACCUUUCUCUGGUCCGCUUGGUGUGUCUGAUUCUCGUAUGUCGUUUUCGUCGUCGUCGCCUACUGUACGGUACGGUGGUAAUCACAGUACACGGCCGUACGACACCGUACGGUGUGUGAUUAGUAUCUCCGCCGAAUGUCGUAGCGUAUGGGUGAGUUGAGUGAGCGAGGAGCCAUCCCGUCAACGAUCCUGGCCGUCGCGCGCGCUCCGUUCGAUAUCCCUCGUCUUCGACGUCGACGUCGUAUUCGUCGUAGUCGUUUGUUUGGUGGUUCGGUAACUUCUAGAGAAUGGACGAAACGAGACCUAUGCCACAGUUCAGAUGCGAGGACAUUGCAAAAGCACGACUGCACCAUGAAUGGAAAGAUUGGAAGAGUGGGCUCGAGAGAUAUUUUGAUGCUAAUGAUAUAAGUGAUCAGUACAAAAAGCGCGCUAAACUGCUGUACUUGGGAGGGCCACAGUUGGACAAAGUUUUUACCAACCUUCCAGAUGGAAGCAAAUUUCCGUUAGUUGCUGUUGAGAAGAAGUAUUACGACGUGGCAGUUGCAGCAUUGGAUAAUUACUUCCAACCUGUGAAACAGGAUAUCCUGGAGAGACAUCGUUUGCGUCAGAUGAAGCAACUUCCUGGAGAAAAGUUUUCCCACUAUAUGGUUCGUUUGAGACAGCAAGCUGCCCUCUGCGGCUUCGACAAAUAUUCAAAAAAGACAAGGCAGGUUUUAACGGAUAUGACGAUUACCGAUGUCAUCGUUGAAGGUUGUCUUUCGGUCGAACUCCGACGAAGAAUGCUAUUGAAGGACCGCUCUUUAAACGAAAUCGAAGAGAUCGCUUCUGGCUUGGAAGGUGUCGAUUCCCAAAUUCAAGACCUUGCAGGGAAAUCAAAUGAGAGUAAUUCGGCUGACAAAGUGUACAAAGUGAAAGAUUUUUCGUCACAAGGGUACAGACGUCCUCUGGCAACUAAGUUCAGAUCAGGAGAGGGUCGUUAUCGCGGACGUCCGGCUGUGCGACAUACUACGAACGUUGUUUGCUUUAACUGUGGCAAGUCUGGCCACAUUUCGUCGUCUGAUUCCUGUCCAGCGAAAGGGAAACAGUGUCGAAACUGUAAACGAGUAGGCCAUUUUGAUUACACCUGUAAAUCGUCUCGUUCUUCUGUAAAGCAGACAUCGUUUUCACCGCCGAGUAAGAAAAUUCGGGUUGUAGAGGAGAAAGAGACACGUGAAGCCGACGAGGGAAAGGUCUACUAUGCUUUUUUCAACGGUAAUCUAACCAACAUGCUUACAUUUGAGAUAGGAGGCGUCUCUUUGGAUAUGCUGGUAGAUUCAGGGGCGGAUGCUAAUUUAGUGACCUCGGAAGCAUGGGAGAAAUUGAAGCAGGCCGGUGUUCGCGUCACUAGUUCCACGAAAGAAUCCGAUCGUUCCUUCCUUUCGUAUGGCAGUUCUGACCCGCUGGCCGUCCGUGGGAAAUUCACAGCAGAGAUCAAAAUUCAAGAUCGAUUGGUGCUCGCUAAUUUCUACGUCGUGGAGAAAGGACAAACUUGCUUGUUGGGAGAUGUUACUGCAAAGCAGCUACAAGUGUUGCAGGUUGGGGCCAACCUAAACCGUGUAGAGAAGUCUGAUCCGUUCACCUGCAUCAAAGACGUCGAGGUUCACAUUCACAUGGAUCCGGAAGCUAAGCCCGUCGUACAACCCGUGAGACGGUUGCCAAUUCCUCUCGAAGCUGAAGUUAAUCGUAAGUUGGAUGAAAUGUUGAGCAGAGAUAUCAUCGAGCCAAAGUUAGGUCCAACCACGUGGGUCUCUCCGUUGGUAGUCGUUGCUAAGGCAAACGGAGGUUUGCGAUUGUGCGUAGAUCUUCGUAGAGUGAACCAGUCAGUCUUGCGGGAGCAUCACCCCAUGCCGGUCAUAGAUCACAUUCUGGCGCGAAUCGGGACUGGCGUAGUAUGGAAGCUGUGCGACGUUGGAGGAGUUCUGCUGCGAGGAGAUCGCAUAGUCGUUCCAGCAGGAUUACGACAACGAGUUCUGACCAUCGCUCACGACGGACACCCCGGGGUGCGUAUGAUGAAAUCAUAUCUUCGAUCUGUCGUUUGGUGGCCUAAAUUGGAUGCAGACACAGAAAACUUCGUGAAAAAUUGUCGUGGGUGUACAUUAGUAGCUGCUCCUGAUGCCCCUGAGCCGAUGCUCCGCCGUUCGCUCCCUUCCGGACCAUGGGAAGAUAUCGCCAUUGAUUACCUAGGGCCACUUCCUGGCGGGCAGAAUUUGUUGGUGAUUGUCGACUGCUAUAGCAGAUACCUCGAAGUGUGCGAAAUGACUUGCAUUGAUUCUACGGAGACUAUCAGCCGCUUGCGAGAAGUCUUCGGCAGAUUCGGUAUACCAUCCUUGAUAAAAGCAGACAACGGUCCACAAUUUGCCAGCACAGAAUUCAAAAACUUUUGUCGUGACUACGGAAUACAUCUGGUCAAUACGAUUCCAUAUUGGCCGCAGAUGAACGGCCAGGUGGAGCGGCAAAAUCGCUCAAUCCUGAAGAGACUUCGUAUCGCACAAGAACUUGGCAAAGAUUGGCGAAAAGAGCUGCACGAAUUUCUUUUGGUAUACCAUGCUACAAAUCAUGCGACUACCGGAGAAGCACCAUCGAAACUGAUGUUCGGGCGCAGAAUCAGGGGUAGACUUCCUUAUGUUCCGGUCCAUUACGAGGAUGAGGCUGUGCGAGAUGUCGACGGAAUACAAAAAGAGAAGGGAAAGAACUACUCUGACGGGAAGCGUCGAGCCACUUACAGCGAAAUACGGGAAGGUGACAAAGUGUUUGUGAAGCGGAUGAAAAAGAAUCAUAAGUUGGAGGCGGACUACUCUGCAGAGGAAUACGAUGUUGUGAACAAAAAGGGGUCUGAUGUCAUUGUACGUUCCCGGGUCUCCGGGAAAGAGUUCCGUCGCAACGUGACGCAUCUUAAGAAGGUUCCACAAAUAGACGACAAUGUUCAACCCACAGCGACGACAGAGACGGAUCAAAGCACAUCAAGCGAAGUGGUUGAUGGAAGGAUGGAUGAAAUCGUUCAAUUGACUGAAACGCCGUCUGGUCGGAAACGUGAGAGACAACAACCAACGAAAUUCAAAGACUAUGUUCCUUUCUAAAAUUUUUGUAAGUAAAGGUGGGGUUGUAGGGUCUGGGAGCACUGGCAAGACAGAAUGUUGAAAGGAGCAACACGCUCAUGGCAGGUGAGAGAUAAACGUCUUGGGGUGACAAGGGAAGAAGAGAAAGGAGGAGAUAGUUUGGGAGUGUGAAACGAGAAAGGUGUGAAUAAACCGGGUCGAAUACAAAUCGUUUUUCUAGUUGCAAGACUUGAUAUCAAAUCCGAAGACCAGCGGCACUACAUCAAAGACUGUUUCAGCGAUUCCUUCGGUGAUUAUCCCAUGCCUUCCUGCAGGAAUUCUUUCAGAGAUUCCUUCAGGGAUUUCCCUCAGAAUUCAUUCAAGAAUUUCUUGCAGUUUUACUCCUAGGAUUCCACUCGAGAUUCUGUCAGAGAUUCCUCCCGACAUUCCUUCGGAGAGUUUUCCCCAGAUUUCAUCGAUGAACCCACGACACAUCGGGUCAUUUGCUCCCAACGAUUGCAGCCACCAACGAUGACGUCACCACUUUCGAAGAAAAGAUAUACCUGUGGUACACGUGGGGCAGUUGACCAGCGAGAUCUAACGGAGCCUGAAGAAGAUUUUCAUUCAGCUCCAAGAACGAGAAAACCGUAAGAAACAUACUUCCACUGUCACAAGUGAUCCCAUUAGACAAAAUGAACCGAUCGAACGUGAUGUACAGGAUCACAUGAGCAGACUGAUACUAGACAAAGCUUUUUAUCGAGUACUGUUAUCUCCGUAUUUCUUUUGUAUUCCUGCGUAUUCCAAAACCAUUUCAACCAAUUCAUUAGUUUUUCCCUGAAUUUCCUUAGGGUAUCUUCCUGGGUGUCCACUGGAGAUUUCAUCAGAAAUUUUUCCCACGAUUUCUUCAAGUAUGUAUGCUUCUAGUGGUUUCUCCAGGAUUAUCUAAGGAAUUCCUCUAUUUAUUCCACAUGGAAUUCCAUGGGAAUUUAUCACGAGAUUCCAUCCAGAUUUUCUUCAAUGAUUUCUCCCGAGAUUCCUUCUGGGGUGGUUUUUACGGAUACCUUCUGAGAUUCCUUCAGAGAUCUAAAAAAGAUUACUUUCAGGGACUUUUCCUGGUAUUACUUUAUUGAUUCCUCCCUGGAUUUCUUAAGGUUUUCACUUGGGAUUUAUCCUGGAAUUCUUUCAUUGAUUCUUCCAAGUAUAAAUAUUGCGUAACCCACUGGGUCAAUCCGUUCCCAGCCAUCCUAGAAAACUGCAGUAGAAUCAUUUGGCAUACGGAACAACACGAUGAAGGCGACUCCUCCCGAUUUUCGAAGAGUCCUUCUAAGGCUCCUCUUGGAGGGAUUUUUGCAAGAUUUUUUCAAGGAUUUCUCCCGGGAUUCCUGCCGAGUUUCUUUCAAUUUCUUCUAGAAUUUCUCCCGAGAUUUCUUCGAAGAUUCAUACAGAGAUUCCUCUUGGGAUUCCUUCCGAGAUUUUUUCUGCUUCUGAAUUGCUUCUAGGAUUCUUCCCUGGAUUCCUUCGAUGAUUGCUACCGGGAUUUCUUCGAGGAUAUUCCUCUCUGAAUUUCUCCCGGGAUAUCUCCUAUGAAUCCUUCCGGACUAUCUUCAGUUUCAGUUUCUUUCCGUAAAUGUUUUGGCCUCGAGUAUUGUAGCUGGGAUUUUGUCCUACUUUUCUCCACAGGGAUUUGAGUAUUUCAAACUUCAAACUACAUUUCUAUAGGCCUUUUCAGGUGACAGGUCCGUGUAUGCCACUGUUUACAACUGCCGAACAAAAGCGCAAACGCUAAAUUGUCAGUUCCAUAAGAGAACUGUCAAAGACCCCCAAAAUCAGUUGAUUUUAGACGUCAAAUGAAAAGGCCCAUUGGGUGAAAUUGCUCCAUAGUUUUAUCCCGAAAGGAUGCGAAAGGAGGAGUGAGUGAAGAUUCAUCUGGUUACCUCGUUCUUUCUGAAAUGCUUGAAACGCAUUGACGAUUAUCACAUCUGUGAUGUUCGUCUGGCUAACAAGCCUAUUCAUGUGAACUCUCAUGCCUCCCAAUUUGGGAUGUCCACAGUGGCUCUUUUACACAAAGUUGUAUACAUUUUCAAGAAAACAUUCGCUCAAACGUAGUUUUCGUUCUGGUGAUUUUUUGUGAUUGUUGGAAUAUUGAGGAUGCUUUCAAUGACGUGCUUUUCAAUGUCAUUGAAAGUCGCAUGAUGUCACAAGCUACCUCCAAUGAUCUGUAGGCUCUCUUUACGCUUAUGCGUUUUACAGUUUCCUUUUCAGAGCACUGAUUCAACCCGUUGUGGUAUAGGCUAUUAGAUCUCGUUGCUCGUAUGCUUUCAUUCCCUCUUCUAUGGCUCCCCUUCCUAUUUCAUCACCUCUUCUUUCCUAAUCCCAUUCCAUCCCUUGUCCUAUUCUCCCUCAGGUACAUGAUGAAACAGGCUCAUAUGUAUGGCGAUGGCACAAAUGUCCCAGAUGGAGGAUAACGUGCCUCUGGAGCCGGCCUUCUGAUACCUGAUACCUGGAGAUUGCUCUGUAGGAGCCAUUACACCUCUUGUCUUGGCCAUCACGAUCCUGUAGGCAUCACCCCACGGAUUUGCAUUGGCACUCUGACAGAGAACCUCGAAGCAGGCCUUUUUGCUUGCCCUUAUCUCGGUCUUCAGCGCAGCUUUUGCAGCGGCUAACACCGCCCGUCGUUCGUUUCGCUCUUCCUCAGAUCGUGCUCACUGCAUCCGCCGUCUAGCCCGUAGGCAGGUGCGGAGCAGGUCCGCAAUCGCUUGAGUCCACCAGUAAGCCGGUGGUCGCUCAUUUCUAGGGUGGACUCGCCUAGGCAUGAUCGCAUCGCACCAGCUCGUCGCCGUCUAAACCAAGUAGGUUUCGCUCACGGUGGAGCGCCUCCCUAAAUACCCCUUCGUCGAAGUAUGGUGUCUUGCACCUACGAGGGCUUGGCCUUGGCCUAGCAACCUCUUCCUCUACCCGUUGCCUGCUGUUGUUGUAGUCGAUGCUGUAACGAACCGCCAGGUGAUCGCUGUGAGUGUAGCUACCCAGGUAACAAUUUGAUGUUGAUUAAGCGCUUCUCUCACUUAUGCUAAUCAGCCUUAAUUUGAACACAAGCUGUGCAAAAGAACUGUAAACAUUUGUUCAGCUCUUAAACACCCAAUUUUGGUGAUUUUAUCCAGCCAUAAGUUGAUUUGAGCUCUCCAUGAAGCUGGAUUAGGGUUGAAGAAGCGCUUAUAUCCUAGCGAAGAACGCUUUUCAGACUUUAUCCAGCAAUUAUUCAGCAAAUGGGAAUGAUUUAUGAUUUUAUUUAUAGAACAGACAAGAAUCAGGUGAAUUUUUAGAGUCGCUUAAUCAUCUGUAGUUCAGCAAUUAAUCAUCACUUAUGCAGCAUUACCAAAAAAAUCAGAAGUAGUCCCAGAAGCCAGAAUUGCCAGGACUCUUGGUCUAGAUGUAGAAUAGUAGUUCGUAGUUUCUGAAAUUGUAAUAUAUAAAUGAUGAUUAUAAUUGAGAAUCGAACUUCGGUGCAUUGAUUCAUAGUCACUUACCUUAGCAUCUGCUCCACCUGAAAUGGUACGAGCUUAGUGAUUUAUGAAAGCACAAGCUAGAUACCGUCGUGUCUGAAUAAAGGUUGAACAAUUAUGAACAAAGGCUGUGUUGAGGUUGAAUACGCGAUGGAAGUGCUUUGUUACGAAUGCAUGGAUUAGCUGUCAAAACAUCAUUGUUUUGUUUGCAGUUCAGUGCUCGGUUCGGUUGUCGUAAAACACCACUGCAGUCAGAGAAAAUGAACAGAAAUACAGGUAAAUAUUCAUAAUUAAUAUUCCACGGUGUGGAUAAGAAGAGUCUGCUAUCUAUUUUAAGAGAACGCUGGUUGUUUCGCCGUUGUCAAAACGGUAGAACACAGAAAACUCUCAUCUCCACCGUGCCUCAACGUUGGGUCAACGGAAGCGUCUUGAUGUGGCCAGACAAAAAUGCCGCAUCGCUCAUCAAAGACCGGUCGUCAGCCCCGUCCUCAAAAUGGUACAAAAUUCCCUACAAACUGAAACGAAAGUCCUUCAAGACGUUCGUAGAAGCGGAAGCUAAGGCGGCGGAAACGUCUGGUCACACUGAUUCGGACUCCACGCAACCACUCCCUGUUAAAUAGUUCCGAACCAAAGGAGAUGCGAAACAAGUCUAGGAAGCCAACUUUAAUUAAAUGGUGACCAACCCAGCUAAUAAACUGACGAUCAUUUCCAAAUUAAAUCGAAUACAGCAAUAAUUACUUUCAACUGAGCCAUACGUAUCAUCGGAAAAUCAUCACAUCUGUCCUCCAAGUCACGAUCAUGCUCAAUCACCCUCAGAAAAGAUGCACAGCGUGCAGACCCUGCAACUCGAGCAACCCCAAUUUUCUUUAUUUUCAGAAAAUAUGGUCUUCAACACAUUUUGACAUUUCUUACGUCUUUUUUUUUUUUUUCAAAUUUCGGUAAUAAGUACCAUUUGUUUUGAAUGUUAUUCUAGAUUUACAAUCCAUUUUUGUGAAUGAUUAUGACCCGCACAACUUUCUCACUGAUAGUUUGUUAUUAUCAUUAAAGGCUGAAUAAAAGAGUCCUAGCGCAUACCUUUCAAUAUUGUAGAAAGGCUGGAUAAAUGGAUAUAGAGAAGUUGGAUAAUCUUCUACCGAGUAUCAUAUGCAGCAUACGCUGAUAAGCUGAACAAAAGAUACUUUGUAAACUCAACAAGCUACUUUUCAACUAGAUGUUCAGCUUACGGCUUAUUCAGCUAUUGGCACCAUUAACAAACCAUUGUUCAGCUUUGACUCUCACUGUUCAGCUACCAUUGUUACUUGGAUAUCGUCUACUCUCCAGUUAAACUACUUGUUAGGCCAAGACUCCAAAAAGUAACGUCAAUAAUCGACUCCGCACCGUUUUGACUAAAGGUACACUUGGUACCUCUAGCAGGGUUUGCCCUCGCUCACCGGCCUUCGCCCUGUCAGUACGUUCGUCAUACAGUCCAGUAUAUGUGUGAACUUCUGGAUCUACCACCGAUCGACCAGGCACAUAACAGCUACAAAAGACGGCCACAUUUACUUUGGUGACCACAAAUCUCUCAUAUUUAGGUAGUAGACACCAACUCCUGGAUAAAGUGGAUACGUUCGUCAUACAGUCCAGUAUAUGUGUGAACUGCUGGAUCUACCACCGAUCGACCAGGCACAUAACAGCUACAAAAGACGGCCACAUUUACUUUGGUGACCACAAAUCUCUCAUAUUUAGGUAGUAGACACCAACUCCUGGAUAAAGUAUCUACUCGUCGGCUAUAUCGCCGCCAUUUUUCUGGACUCAUCCGAGACCCAAUUGCCGUUGUCGGCGGGUACUCAGUAUGGAUCCGCUGUGAUGGCGAUACCCGUCCCCCACUCAGAAACCGCCUGACAAAGCAGUUGCUUAGCUGCGUCAGGUUCAGGUUCAGCUGCGUUACCUGUACUGUGAUUUAUUCACUGCGGAUGUGGCUUUCUUGAAGGCCGGGCAACUUGGACCACUUGUUGGGUGCCUGUUGUUCACAGAUUUCCCGGUACAGAUCAGACAAAUGGGUGGACUCGUGCAGCCUUUUGCCUUUGGCGCCGCAUCUCCUGCAUAGUUUGCUCCUGUCAAUGCCUUUGCAGUCCCAUGACUUGUGUCCUGGUUCCAGACACCUGAAGCAAACCUCCGGUGGCUCGUGGAGCGUCAGAUGACAUACGCACCAGCCUACAUUUAUCCUCCCUACUUCAAUGGACUUUUUGACGUCCGCCACAGGUAGCUUAACCAAAGCUAUCUGUGUCCCUGCCGGCCCCUUCCCCUAACGGCUGCGGCAGCCACCUGCACCUCGCACUGUUGCCGCAGUGCCGUGACGAGCUCUUCCACUUCGGUGACCUCGUCUAGGUCUUUAACCUUCAGAGUCGCCUCUUGUGUGAGAGCCCUCACCUCUACUCCUUCACCAAGGACCUCUUCCGCCAGACUUGUAGGCGGUGCCCUUGCGUUCCUUGUCGCGCUUGAGCUUUAGGAUCAUUUCACAUGUACGAAUACGUCUAAUACUGUGCACGUAGGCUCCCAGAUCCACGAGCUAAGCGUCGCUUCGCAUCGUCCUCAAGACUUCGGUUUUGAUGACUAGCGCGUCGCCUUUCACGCGCUUGGCACCUACUCUUCUACGUCUUCUUGAUUUGGCGUCCCUAGUCUCCUCGACUUGCGGUGUUUUCUUCUUCCGCUUCCGCUCGACUUUCGUCCAAGGAGGUCCUCCCCUUGGUUUACCCUACUCUGUGGUUUCUUUUGGGCUUUCUGCGCAAGCGAAAGCCUUCGUCUGGGUAGACUUUCGCCGGUUCUGACGCUUCUGCAGCUUUCACGAGUCUCUUGUGAUCUUGCUUGGCAUCGUACAUCGACUUACGAAGUCGCAAUAGGGCCGUUUUAUGGUCUUUGUUUAUGUUGGACUACGUGGACGCAAAGUCGAUAAUCUUGCCAAGCUGCUGCUAGGUCACCGCUAUGGCGGAUAGCCCUUCUCUUUUUUGGUUGAUGGCCCACAUCAGCCAAUAGUGGUUCCGUCCACUAUCUCCCCGGCAGGCUAGCCAGGAAAUAAAUCGGAGCUCCCACGCUGGAGCUGCGUGCGCAGCUUCCUGCUCCUGACUCCUUACUUCUACAGGUGGCAAAGAACAUAUUUACCGUUGCUAAUCUAUUUCAACAAGCACAAACGUAAAUUUUCUGAGUUUUCAUCAUGAUUAUGACCUUUUUUUGUUUCGUGUCUAUUUCAUUGUGCAACGAGGGGUUAAUCAAUGUUCUUCUCUCAACUUUUCUUAAAUUCAGCUCAAUUGUCACCUGUGCGAAAACAGAAAAACUUAUUUGAUGUCCCAGAAAUACUAAAUAAUAAUUUUGGCCAUCAACCUCUCGAACUUCUGUUAUUUUUGCCAGUUUGCAUAUCUACAUGUCCCGUUCGUUCAACGAUGAAUCCGUAACCUCUGUUGGUGAGUCUUGCUUGUAUUUGCGCAGAUCGCACCAUUCUCUCUCUUUCCUUCGCUCUCUUUCUCUCAAUUACCUUUACUCCUGUGGCACAUUCCUUCUUGAGUAUUGUCGAUCUUGUCGAUAUGUAUGCACAUUGAUUCGCCUUCUUCGUUUGCUCGCUCGCUCGCUCGCGGCCGCCGCGACUCCAUCUCCAUUCACCAGGCCAGGCCAGACCAGAGAUUCGAGAGCGACCAAAGACGAAGACGAUGCGCGAUGACGUUCGUCUAGUCACAGAAGAAAACAACCGCUCGCUCGCUGGCCUUUAGUUUCGUUUGAGUGCUCGCGCGACGAAUAUGACGAAUUUUCGCUUGCUGUUUCCCACCGUUGUCGUUUUCGUCGUCGUCUCCUCCGUCGAUUGUCGUCGAUAGCAGCAGCGCAGCAGUGACAGGAAAAGGAAUAGUAGCAACAACAACAACGAUAGCAGCAACAAAAACAGCUGAAGGUGUACCACGGUGUGUAGAGAGCGAGGGAGGUGCUAAUCGAGGAGACUAGUUACGUCGUAGUGAACCACCCCUCGGGUGACGAAGCAGGCGGUGAGAGUGUUCCGUGAGGAAUCGAACGCGGGCCCGAUAGGUGGAUUAAUCGUGGUUGCUGUGUGAAGUGAGAGCGAUGCCGUGUUUAUGUGUUGGGGCAUUUAGUUAGGGUGUGUAUUGGUGAAAAUUGUUGACGUGUGUACUUACCUACAUCAUUGCGAUAUUAGAGAAGUAAUUUUUUGUGGAUCGCGCUCGGUUCGUAGUGACGGAGCAGUAUACGUAAGAG